UGUGACGCCACGAUCAGCUGUUUGAACGUUCUAAUUUCUGAGCCGAGAUCAACCGGGGAUUCAGCAAUAACAGGGGAAAAAAAUAAUACCAAGACUACAGCCAGGGGAGGGAGGGCGUCCGGACGCGAGGGCAGCUGCUUGCAGUUUGCAAAUGGUGCAUAUCUUCUGAGAAGACCUGAGACACCAUUCACAUCACCACCACCUCCUGCUCUUCCUCCUCCUGCAUCCUUUUUGGGGGGAGGGUCUUUUUUUUUAAUCGUUUCUAUUAUUGAUUUCAAUUAAAACUACCUCACAGACUCUGCCUAAAGCUGGUGCUUAAUAAUAAUAAUAAUAAUCUUGUGGGUUUUCUUUUUGUGUGUGUGGUGUUGUUUACAAAACAUUUGAUGACAUUAAAGGCAAGGCCUUUGCACUGAAGCCAAGUGAAGAACCUUAUGAUUGCACUAUCUACGUAACUCAACUCAGAUAAGACUCCGCUUAGGAAAACAAGCAGCUCCCGCCCUUGGCAAGGAAUCCGUCCACCCAACACUCCCCAACUCGUGCUCCUGCCUCCACAUCAGCUUCCACACACUCAAGCCAGCGCCUACAAACUCAUCCCCGCCUUUCGUUCCCAAGUCCACCUCCGAAAUAAUUCUCCAGCCAUGUUCCAGCGCCUCACCAGCCUCUUCUUCAGUGACAGCAGCGCACCUGAGGACCUUGAGGAACCUAAGCCGUUUGUCUCUAAAGAAGAAGAAGAAGAUGGGUGGCUCAUUAUUGAUCUUCCAGAUAGUUACGCUUCAGCCUCCAGUAAGGAGCGGCGGGUAGGUGAGAAGGAUUCUGUUUGUGCUUCUCGUUGCCGCCGUGGGUCCCCUCCACCUACCACGUCUUCGCCCCACUCCCUCAGUGACUGUGUCAGCAGGUCCAUGCCCUCUCAGCCUGACCCCUGCUUGAUGGACGAGAGUUGGUUUGUUACCCCUCCCCCCUGUUUUACUGCAGAAGGUCCUGACCCCGUCAGCAUGGAGAGCAACCCCAUGGAGGACCUUUUGAUUGAACAUCCCAGUAUGUCCGUCUAUGUCACCAGCAGCAGCAUCAUUGUGGAAAGGGAGAGUCCUGAGGAGCACAUCCCUGAAGGUGAGGUACCUGAACGCCGUUUGCAGCGUCAUGCCCCUCACCACUCCACCUCUCUUGCCACCAAGGCCGCCAUCUUGGAGAAGGUCAACCAAGUGCGUCGGAUUCAGAGGGCAAAGCAGCUGUCGGAGAAGCACAAGUUUAGUCAGAAAGUCAUGCAGCGGCAGAACCGCACCAGAGAGUGCCGCCCGCGACGGGCCAAACACCAAGGCAGCUUUGUCUACCAGCCAUGCCAGCGCCAAUACAACUACUAAGCUACUUCAGGAAGUCUACACUGUGGGGCAUUAUCCUUUUAACUUUCAGCUUCACCAGUUCCUCACAAUGCUUUCUUCAGCCAAGAGGGUCAUCUUCGUUCAUUUUCUGAAAUAAACCCACUUCCCUCACCCUUUGAGAAAACCUACGUUCUCCUGAACUGGCAACGUUCAAUAGUUGUUCUUUUGUGGGCUUUUCAUGGGCUUUAUAUCUCCACCCCCACACCCCUUUUCCAGAAAGAAAUACAUUUUCUGAUCUACA